GCCGCCCUCUCAUUCAGCAGUUGUUGCAUCGACCCCGUUGGGUACAACACGCGACGCAAACCCCCCUGCUUUUUAAAAGCUUUUUUCUUCAUAUUUUUCUCCUCUCCCUCUUUGAACCUCAAACGAAAAGCAUGCGUGAGUGUAUCUCCAUCCACGUUGGUCAGGCUGGCGUCCAGAUCGGCAAUGCCUGCUGGGAGCUUUACUGCCUGGAGCAUGGGAUCCAGCCGGACGGACAGAUGCCCAGUGACAAGACUCUCGGAGGAGGAGAUGAUUCCUUCAACACCUUCUUCAGUGAGACUGGAGCUGGAAAGCACGUCCCCAGAGCUGUUUUUGUGGACCUGGAGCCCACUGUCAUCGAUGAGGUGCGCACUGGUACCUACCGCCAGCUGUUCCACCCUGAGCAGCUGAUCACUGGUAAGGAGGAUGCUGCCAACAACUACGCCCGUGGACACUACACUAUCGGAAAAGAGAUCAUUGACCUGGUGCUGGACAGGAUCCGCAAGCUGGCUGACCAGUGCACCGGUCUUCAGGGCUUCCUGGUCUUCCACAGCUUCGGAGGUGGUACCGGCUCUGGUUUCACCUCCCUGCUGAUGGAGCGUCUGUCCGUCGACUACGGCAAGAAGUCCAAGCUGGAGUUCUCCAUCUACCCAGCUCCCCAGGUGUCCACCGCUGUGGUGGAGCCCUACAACUCCAUCCUGACCACCCACACCACCCUGGAGCACUCUGACUGUGCCUUCAUGGUGGACAACGAGGCCAUCUACGAUAUCUGCCGUAGAAACCUCGAUAUCGAGCGUCCCACCUACACCAACCUGAACAGGUUGAUCAGUCAGAUCGUGUCCUCCAUCACAGCUUCCCUUCGUUUCGAUGGCGCCCUCAAUGUUGAUCUGACAGAGUUCCAGACCAACUUGGUGCCAUAUCCCCGUAUCCACUUCCCUCUGGCCACAUACGCCCCCGUCAUCUCUGCAGAGAAGGCGUACCAUGAGCAGCUCUCAGUGUCUGAGAUCACCAACGCUUGUUUUGAGCCAGCCAACCAGAUGGUCAAAUGCGACCCUCGCCACGGCAAGUACAUGGCCUGCUGCCUGCUCUUCCGUGGUGAUGUGGUGCCCAAAGAUGUAAACGCUGCCAUCGCCACCAUCAAAACCAAGCGCACCAUCCAGUUUGUGGACUGGUGCCCCACUGGUUUCAAGGUUGGCAUCAACUACCAGCCUCCCACUGUAGUUCCUGGUGGUGACCUGGCCAAGGUGCAGAGGGCUGUGUGCAUGCUGAGCAACACCACUGCUAUUGCAGAGGCCUGGGCUCGUCUUGACCACAAGUUUGAUCUGAUGUACGCUAAGCGUGCCUUUGUUCACUGGUAUGUAGGUGAGGGUAUGGAGGAGGGAGAGUUCUCUGAGGCCAGAGAGGACAUGGCCGCUCUGGAGAAGGAUUAUGAGGAGGUGGGUGUUGACUCCAUCGAGGGCGAGGGAGAGGAGGAAGGAGAGGAGUAUUAAAUAGAACAUGAAGGCAUUAAUUUAACAGAAAAUAAUUGAUUGCAAUGUGUUCUUGAAUACAUUCCAAACAGAAAUGUUUGUGUGUCAAUCACCAGUUUGGCUGUUUGGACUGAAGAAAAACCUGGAAAUGUCAAUUUGGGCUCUGUUCUAAAUAAAAUUCCUGUCACCUGUGAA